AUGUCUGAAAAUACUGAUGAUAAGGAUGUACAGCGUGUUAUGGAUUAUAUGAGUGGAGCAAGAUAUACAGGCGACUAUAAAAAUGGUAAACGACAUGGAUUUGGCAAACUUAUGUUAAAUAAUGGAUCUUUUUAUGAAGGACAAUUUGUAGAUAAUGAAAAACAUGGCCUAGGCACUUAUAAAUGGUCAAAUGGUGUUAUUUUUGAAGGACGAUUUGAACAUGAUCAACCACAUGGAAAAGGAAAAUUAGUAUUACAUAAUGGAUAUUCUUAUGAGGGAUAUUGGCUUAAUGGUAAACGUCAUGGACGAGGUAAGACUAUAUGGGAAAAUGGAAAUAUUUAUGAAGGUUUUUAUGACCAAAAUGAAAAACAUGGUCAUGGUACACAUAUAUGGAAAGAGAAAGGAUCAACAUAUACAGGUAAUUGGCAAUAUAAUUUUCCUCAUGGUCAGGGACGAUAUCAAUAUGGAAACGGUGAUGUAUAUGAAGGUGAAUUUAAUCAAGGAACAAGGCAUGGACACGGAAAAUUAACAUAUGCUAAUGGAGAUAUUUAUGAAGGUGAAUAUGUUGAUGAUUUAAAACAUGGUAAUGGAAAAUUCUUAUGGGCUAAUGGUGAUUCAUAUCAUGGACAAUUUGUUGACGGAUUUCCAGAUGGUACUGGAGAAUAUAUAUGGGCAUUAAAAAGUUCAGCUGUUACAUCAACAUCUCCUGUUGAAGAAAAACCAGUAAAAUCUGAAAAGAGAAAUUCAAGAAAGAGUACUUCACGACAAGCAAGUGAAAAACGACUUGUACACGCUGGAUCAUUGCCUCAACGUAGUAAGAGUCAUAGUGCUGAUUCCGAAACAUUUUAA